UCAAAUCAUAACAGAAAAAAAAAAAAAAAAAAAAACAUUGUUCUUUCUCAAUUCUCUACGAAGUUGCUGUGUCCGUAUUAAAUAUUGUCAAAAGUUCAUUAGUUUCCUGGUUCGUUGCCCAGAGAUGUUUGAGAGUGCGAAGUCAAGCUCAAUUGUGAAUUCAUUUUCGACAUUGCUGCUGGAAGUGUGGGAGAAAUGGGAUGUGAGGGGAAUGGUUCUUUUUAGUCUCACCUUACAAAUUGUCCUCUCUUACUUAGGUUGGCGUAGGAAAUACACAAUUAACCCAUUCUCCAAAACCAUUCUAUGGUUUGCCUACUUAGGUGCCGACUGGAUUGCGAUUGCUACUUUGGGGAAGCUUUCCGGUUCCUAUACUAAAUCUCCCACCACCAAUGUUUUAAGAGCAUAUUGGGCUCCUUUACUGUUGCUACAUCUGGGUGGCCCUGACACCAUCACAGCUUAUGCUUUUGAAGACAACAAGUUUUGGAUUAGGCACCUCCUCAUCCUUGUUGUCAAAGCCAUUUUUGUCGUUUAUGUCAUUUGUUUGUCGUGGACCUUUUCUUGGCUCUCAUUUUUGAGUCUCCCUCUCGUCUUAGCUGGUAUUAUUAAAUAUGUAGAGAAGAUAUUGUGUCUCAACUUCAAUAAUUCACAAAAAGCAAAACCAAUCAUCUUUAGUAACUUUAGUCCUCAAGAUCCUCAACUCAUUGAGUCUCCAACCCUUGUUCGCCUUCAAAAAGAAGGCCCAAGAUGUUCAUUGCGCCUCAUCAGUUUCGUGAGCUCCUUCUCAGUUGUACUGCUCUUCUUUAUCAGCAUCAUUAAUGAGACAAAAAUCCAUUUCUCAAGAGUUGAUAUUGCCAUAACGGGCAUCUUGUUGAUUGGAGCUAUUGCACUGGAGCUUUAUGCAGGAUGGGUAAUGCUCUCUUCUAAUUGGGCAAUUUUUGUUGCGGCAUUUCAUCAUAGUCCGUUGAAAAAGAAAGAGAAGAAAUCAUGUGGCAUUCUACCAAAGAUCAACAAUGAUAUUACUGAAAUGUGGCACAAAUACAUGUUCACUAAACUUGGUCGGGUUCAGAUUCCAAGUUAUUUAAUGGAAACAGGCAAUUUCGUGUACCCUGUUUGGUCGUUCCUACUGAGCGAGUACUUCCGAGCCUCAAGGGGGGAAAAUGCACUUAAGCAACAUGAUGAUCUAAGAUGGAGCUUAGAUUUCGACUUUGAUUAUAGCAUCAUACUAUGGCACCUUGCCACAAGUGUUUGCUAUUAUCAAGAGCAUCAGGAUGAUGAUGACAAUGAUAACAAAGAUGAAAAGGCCAAAAUUAGUAAACAAGUAUCAGAUUACAUGAUGUAUCUGCUGGCCACGUGUCCUGCCCUGAUAUUGCCUGACCAAAGCAAGAGUUUUUGGCUUGAUCAUACUUAUGACGAGCUCAAAGAUCUUUUGUUUCCUGCAACUGAUACAACAAAUGCUACUUCCACAUUACUUUCUAAUCCAGAUAAUGUUGAUGAAGAGGAGUUUGAAUCCAGUGACGAGCCAAUAAUGGAAAGCCUACGGGGAGGUGUGUCUGCUGCAAUUGAUAUAAGAAAUGUUGCUUUCAGGGAGGCAAUAUUGAAACAAAUCCUAAAGAGAGAUGUGUUCGACCUAGCCACAUAUUUAAAGCAAUUAGUGAAUAAAUGGGAGCUGAUUAGGGAUUUUUGGAUAGAAAUUCUUGUCUAUGCAGCGGUUUCAAGUCAGAAAAUUAAUCACAUGAAGCAGCUAGGCGAAGGCAUUGAAUACCUCUCCAUCAUCUGGCUUUUUGUAGACUUUAAUAUUGUAAACCGAAGUAUUGAACACGAAAAAGCAGGGUUGUUGGGGAGACAUGCAGCGGGACGACAUUAAGUGAUCUAUUACAUGUUUUGAUACUAUAUUGGAAUAAAAAGAUUACAUUAAA